AUGAAGGAAGAGUUUGUGUCCGGGUUGAUAGGCGGCGGACAGCUCUGCGGUGGCGAGAUCAGUUCGGUUUGGCAAUCUCCGGUUAAGCGGAUGGCUUUAGACGGAGGAGCUUGUGGGGAAGGUGGUGACAGGAGUAGGACUAGCUGUAAGAGAAUCAAAACGACUCAGGUUAAUGGUUUUAUUGUUUACACUCGAACUAGGAGGACUAAAUUCACCAAGCUUAAUGAAGAAGAUGGAAAUACUGGAUUUUCGGAAAAUAUUAGAAUGUCGGAUCGAGUUUACGAGUCGAAACCAACAAUUGGCGUUACAGUUCCCGCCGGUGAUAUGUGUCACAGAGAUUCAAUAGCUGAAACUAGUAUCAGUGGGAGUUCUUGUAUUAAUAAUGCACCUGUUGAGAGUCCUGUCGGGAAAAUUCCUAUGGAAGAGCGCUUAGUUACUGGAAGCUUAGCUGAAAUUAUGGCAACUGAGAAGUUCAAAGAACGGGAUACUGAGACUGACAGUAGUUCGUUAGUCGAUGUUGUUAUUGAAGACAUCCAAUUUGUAGAAAUGCUACAUGAAGCUAUUCCUGUAGAAGUUCUCUCAGAAGGAAGCUUGGAUUUUGAGGUAGGGAGAGUAGGCAAUAAAACCACGAGAAAACCCUGUUGCGCGUCAGAGGAGAAUAGGCAUGGAUCUUUAAAGCGUACUAUGCAGAUUUAUAAAUCAGUUUUGAGAGUGAAGAAGGUAAACAAUUUAGUGCCUGAUGAUGUAGAGGUUCUGGCAGAACAGUCUGAUUCUGUGAGUCUGGUUGACAAGUCAAAUUUACUCCGCAAGAGGCCAUCUACAGUGAGAGACCUUUUUGAGACCGGUAUACUUGAUGGUGUGCCGGUGGUUUACAUGGGUACUAUUAAGUCUCAAGUCUUUGGUCUCCGUGGCAUCAUUAAAGAUGGUGGAAUUUUGUGCUCUUGUUCCUUCUGUGAUUGGGCUAAAGUUAUCACAACUUCCAAAUUUGAGAUUCAUGCUUGUAAACAAUACAGACGAGCAUCACAAUAUAUUUGCUUUGAGAAUGGUAAGAGCCUGCUAGAUGUUCUGAAGAUUUGUAGGAACGCUCCUCUACAUUCUCUUGAAGCAACAAUUCUUGAUGCUGUUGAUAGUAAUUCUAAAGAAAAACGUUACACCUGUAAAAGAUGCAAAUGCAUGUUCCCUAUAUCCUCUCUUGGCCAUAGAGGGUUUCUGUGUUUGUCAUGCUCAGAGGUACAAAAUUAUCAGGCCAGCCCUGCUGCCAGAAGGACCCCAACUAGUGCUCCUGCAGGCAUAACAUCUCCAGUUAAGAGCACACUGAAGAUAAAAAAAAAGGCAUUACGUCAAGCUUUGGUUGGGAAGGCUCUUAGUGCAUCUUCAAAUAUAUCUUCACAAAAUAAGUGCAGAUCUAAAUUUAAGAAGAUGUUUUCCCAACAUUCUGUGACCCCGAAGGCUUUAAAAAGCGUAUCCCUUUCUGCUUCUUCAAAAAAGAGGACUUAUAGAAUAUCCAGAAAGGAUCAAUUGCAUAAGUUAGUGUUUGAGAAUGGGGGACUACCAGAUGGAACUGAACUAGGAUACUAUGCCCGUGGAAAGAAAUUGGUUGGAGGCUACAAAAUGGGUGCUGGAAUAUACUGUUACUGCUGCAAGAAUGAGGUGAGCCCCUCUCUGUUUGAAGCUCAUGCAGGCUGGGCAUCUCGUAGAAAACCUUACUUUUACAUUUAUACAUCUAAUGGUGUGUCUCUUCACGAAUGGGCAAUGACUUUCUCACAAGGCCGGAAAUAUUCUGCUAAUGAAAAUGACAACCUAUGUGUUAUUUGUGCUGAUGGUGGAAAUCUUAUGCUCUGCGAUAGCUGCCCUAGAGCCUUCCACAUAGAAUGUGUUUCCCUUCCAAGUAUUCCUCGCGGUAACUGGCAUUGCAAAUACUGCGAGAAAAAGGCCAAGAGCGAAACUGUUGGAGAGUACGAUGUUAACUCUUCUGCAGCUGUUCAACUUCAACUAGAAGGAGUUGAUCAUGCUGAUCAGUUAGCUGGACGAUGCAUUCGAGUUGUCAAGAACAUGGAAGCUGAAACAAAUGGGUGUGUACUAUGCAGUGGUUCCGAUUUUUGCAGAUCUGGAUUUGGGCCACGGACAAUCAUAAUAUGUGAUCAGUGUGAAAAGGAGUACCACAUUGGAUGUCUGAGUAGUCACAAUAUUGUGGAUUUAAAGGAAUUACCUAAAGGAAAUUGGUUUUGCUCUAUGGACUGUACGAGGAUUAACUCCACAUUACAAAAGUUACUUCUUGGUGGUGCUGAGAAGCUUUCAGAUUCUUCUUUGGAAAUACUACAGAUGAAGCAAGAAAGAACUGAUAUUGAUCCUGUCAGUCAUCUUGACAUCAGAUGGAGACUGAUAAGUGGCAAAGUUACUUCUCCUGAAAGCCGAUUGUUGCUGUCUCAGGCAUUGGCUAUUUUUCAUGAUUGCUUUGAUCCUAUAGUUGAUCCAGUUUCCGGGAGCAAUCUUAUUCCGAGAAUGGUUUACGGGAAAAAUAUGCAAGGACAAGAUUACGGAGGAAUCUGCUGUGCUGUUUUGACUGUGAAUGCAACUGUUGUUUCGGCUGGACUGCUACGGGUAUUUGGCCGAGAAUUUGCAGAAUUUCCAUUAGUUGCAACACGCGUAUGCAGCCGAGAGAAGGGAUACUUUCAAUUGCUCUUCUCUUGCGUUGAGAAGCUACUCUCAUUCCUGAAUGUUGAGAGCAUCGUUGUUCCAGCAGCUGAAGAGGCAGAGCCCUUAUGGAUGAACAAAUUUGGGUUCAGAAAACUCGCACCUGAACAGCUCGGCAAGUACAUAAAGACGUGCUACCAAAUGGUGAGGUUCAAAGGAGCAUCCAUGCUGCAGAAGCCGGUUCAAUCGCACCAAAUUGUUGACAGCAGAAUCGAAACCGGUGUAACUUUAGAAGAAAUUUUUUGA